AUGGCUUCUCUAUUCCGGAAGCGACUGCGCUGCUUUUACUGCGGGAAGCGCUCUGCCGAAGCGGGACAAGGAACCGUUCGCAACUUCCGCUGCAAGCAUUGCGAGGCAGUGAACUAUCUCGACGAGAAUGGAGAGAUUACCGAUCCCCCUACCACAGCGACCAAUCCUCAGGACGGAUCGGAUGAAGCGACUACGCCCUUCAAAUCUCUUGAUUUUGAUCAGUCCGGCCUGUUUUGCAGAAAAUGCGUUCGGAAUCAGCAUCUUUUCUUAAAGGCUCUCGGAUCCUACCUCCCUGACCCAGAUGACCCUGCUUAUCCUGCCUACGAGCGGGAAUACCCCAAGUUCCGCAAAAACCUCGAGGAGCGCUAUCCGCAAGUCUGCGAGAACUGCGAAGCUCGAGUCAACCAGCGUAUUCGGCAGGCCGGAUACGAGGCGAAGGCGGAUCACCUCAGGAGAAUGAUGGAGCGCAGCAGGGCCAGCAGGGCAGCUAGAAAGGCGCGCAAUCGAAACUGGAGGAGUGUUCUGGUUCUCAUAGGAGCCAUCGGAUAUUGGGCCAGUGUUGCGGGCCAGCUGGCGUGGAGCUUCGUUGGCGCUAUCGAGGCCGAUGGGCUUAACUCGGACGAAGAUCCUCCCCUCCCCUGGUCGUCAUUGGUCUCAUCUGCAAGGCGAGCCAUUGGAGCGCGACAAGUUGAGAGCCAUCUCACCAGCGACCUUGCUCCUUACGCUGGAGUGGCAGUGAUUUUGGGCUUUCUUUCACUGUGGUGGAACCCGAAGUUGCGGUUGAAAGUCGAGGGGAGAAACGGGCGAUUCGCCGGCCUUGCGCAAUAUUAUCAGUUUCAAUUGAUUGUCCUGGUGACGCGAGGCGUGCUGUGGGCGUUGCUGAAAGAUCCUGCCAUGAGUGGAAUGAAACCAUCUCUGCCGCCAACCUUGCAUAUUUUUGCGAUACUCUUCACGAUUAUGGGGGUAGUGGUAUCUCGACAGAUUGUACGAUACGACAGUCGACCGCUCGUUUUGUGGUCAGACACUACGCCUGCAGCGUCUCCAAACCGAAAGGCCGAAUCCAAAGCAGGUACCAACGAGCAGAGUCAGUUUCAGACCUCCAGUGCUCAGCGGUUUCCCGUGGAGAAACUGGCGAUGCCGCGUCAGACUCCUGACAGGCCGGCAUACAUCCCUUCUACGCCUCCUCCUGAAGAGGACGAGAUGGAUUGGACUCCGUCCUUGAAACAGGAGAUUCGACCGAGAUUCAGUGUCGCACAGGAGAAUCAUGGAGGGUCGUUUACAGAAAAAUCGCCAUUCUAUGGGUCGCUGCCUGAAGCGCCAAGGCCUCCUUCGUGGCAGCUUCGAAACCCAGCACCUCGACGGCCGGUUGAGAAGGUCGUUGAGCAAAAUCCAUUCUACCGUGUUCCGUCAGAACAGGAGAAUCGAGCUGCUGACAAGGGGACUCGGCGUGGCUCUGAUGUGUACUUCUCUCCUCCGAAGUUCUUCCCGCCCUCGGACUACAGCGCUACAACGGGGCUGGAGACCUUGUUUGAUAAGGCAUUCACGAUCAGGUCACCGGAUGACGAGCCUAGCGACCAUGUCGGCAACUCUAUGCCUCCGGCUUCGGUAAAUGCUCAGAAGUCUUUUGUGUAUCAGUGUCUUCGACUGGCACUACUCGUUGCGUGCUUGAUCAUGUGGCAUGUUUCUCAAAUGGAGCUGGUCUCCAUUCCUGGGAACUAUGUCGAGAUCAUCUCGUUGGGGAGUGCGAGCCUUAUUUCUGGAUUUGCACUGUUGGAGAUUCUGAAAAAGCCAAUGAGUCACUGGAACAGUAUGGAAAUACUGGGGGCAAUCUUCCGCGGAUUUUUUUACGAGAGAGAAUACUUUGAUCGGUAUGGAAAGUCGCUGCUGGUGUUCAUGACUGCUCAGGAGGUGGUGGGAUUGGGUUCCAGUUAUCAACAAGCUCGAUCUUCAGCUCAAUCUUCAGGCAGCAAUGCAACCGCAUCGGAACAGACGCAGACGGCACAUCCGCAAAGCCAGGCUGGAAGCCAGGUGGAUCAUUCUCGUAGCGGCUCUCAAACUCUCUCGUCAGCUCCCGGGUCGCCUCCAGAACUUUCAUUUUCAUCCACUCUAGCAACCUCCUCCUUCUCACAACCAUCGUUUAGCAAUUCUCAAUCACCGCCUCAGAACUACAGCCUCUACCGCCAAGAUUUCGACAAAGACAACGACAACGAUUCCGACGCUACAGAAGGCUCCGAUACCGACUCGGACGCAGAGACUACCGUCACAUCAACUACGAACAAGACGAUCAGACACAUGAAUCCGUUUGCGGUCGAUAGCCCCCGCUCGACCAGAAGCAAAGGGAGUCUAGGUUCUGGACUGCAAGGACUCAGUCUUGAGGACAGCCCGGCAAGACCGAUGACCCGGAGCCAAGCGUCACAGGCGCCAGGAGGAGAGGCCUAUCGAAGGACGGUAGCCUUCAGCCCUUCUUUACUUCUUUCCUACUGUCUGCAUUGCAUUGAAUUGCAUCGCAUCGCAUCACUCCUUCUUUUACAAGCGACAAGCAGCAUUGUACAGCAUGACGAAUGA